AUGCAAGCCCCCAUCAAUGACGAUUGUGAGACAGUGGCUAGAUUUGUCAAACGCUUUAACAGAAACAAAAGAACCUGGGAAAGCAGUGUGAAAGGAGGACGUCACGAUCCUCUGGUUCUCUCAAUUACAAGUCGGAAUAUCGAUAAAACCGGUGCUUUGAAGCCACCAAAGAAUGUGCACACUGAAAAGUACAUCAGACCGAGUGAUCGGUGGAUUGCAGCGAAUCCUUCUAGCAGUAUAGGGAGAAGAGCAGAAAGUCGUGACUAUAUUAGGGCUGAGGAUUCCAUAGUAAAACAUGUUGUUUCCCGCUUAGACACGAGUUCAAACAUGUACUUUCUUGUUGUAGCCCAAUAUACCUCAACCAAGUAUACCUCAAUCAAAUAUAUUUCAGUCGAAUAUAUCUCAGCCCAAUAUACCUCAACCGAGUAUACCUCAAUCGGGCGUACCUCAGUCGAGUAUACCUCAGCCGAGUAUACCUCAGUGGAAUAUAUCUCAGCCUAA